AUGAAUAAUAUCACGCACUCUUAUACUGUGCAGCCAAUUACAUCAGCUGAUAGUCAAUUAUUACACAAAUUCUUCCUCAUUCUUCAGGAAAAGGAAAAUGAAUUCGGUAAAAGAGUAGACAAAGAUUUAAUUGUACCACAAAAUGUCGUAGUACGGGCUUCAAAAUCUGGAAAAAGCAGUGAUGAACAACAUCGCAUUUUUUCAAAUGAAGUUCUACGUUCUUUGGUUGGUAGAAAAUUUCUUCUUUUCCUUGAUUGUUGGACAACUCAAGCUGAUCUAAACAAAUUUAGAACAGUAUUUCCACAUCAAGAUAGUCAGUUAUUAAUUUUUCCGAAAGGAUCAACUGGCUAUAUUCAACCACAAGAUCAAUCCUUGUUUCGUUCAUGGCGAUUUAUUCAUGAGAAAAUUGAACAUUAUAUUCAUAUCAAUCGAACAGAAAUGAAUUUGAGCAAUCGUCAAUAUUUCGUAAAUAUGCAUUCUAUCAUUCACAAUCAAUUAUCUGCUCCACAAUUUAAAAGUCUUAUCAAGUCUCGAUUUGUGCAAACUAAAAUACUCAAUGAACCAAUUGGUGAAAUCAACAAAGCAAAGGAGAUUUGCUUUAAAUUUUAUGACAUUUAUUGUUCAGUUCCUGAUUGUGAAGAGCGAACCCUAUUUAUUUGCGUUUGGUGCCAAAAAAGCUGUUGCUAUUAUCAUUUGAUUGAAGAUCUUCAUCUUCAUCUACAGUACAUAUUUUCAAAUAUUAUUUUGUACGAUUCAUUGAUUUCUCGUAAAAUAAAGUCAAAAGUAUAG